CUGCGUCAUUCAUUGUUUACAAAUCAACCCUCGGGCUAUUUUCUGUUUCGUGGCGAACGGGAACACUGGCAAAACGGUCCCAUCCAUUUAAACAAAAACAACCCUCGAGACCGGCUAGUUUUGAAAUAUACGCAUAUAUUUGUAAAAAUGCCUUGUCGGAAGGAGAAUUACAUCUUUUUGGAACAGUCGGUCACGGUGGAUUCAAAGGAGGUAGACGCUCUCGUCUCGAAGAUCGGCGAGGCGCUUCAGCUUCACAACAAUAGCUCGAUAUCGCGUCUGCACGGCGCAACCGGCGUCAAAACGAGCAACACGAACAGCAACGCCAAUGCGGCGGGGGGUCAGCGGCGCAACGGAUGCUGUAUCCGUCUCCGCAGCCGGAGUUUACGAACCAGCCGGGCCAGUCCGUACAACCCGCCCGGAUCCAGUGAUCAAGAAUGGGACCAUUUUAAAUCGUCGUGGAACCGAAAUAAAAUCGACGAGGACGAUCCGCACCAGCUUCUGCAGCAACUCAUACUGUCGGGGAAUCUGAUCAAGGAAGCGGUCAGGAGGCUUCAGUUUUCAUCGGAGCCGCUGGAAAACGACAUCUCCAAACCCAUAGACUGACUUGAACUAUUUACGUCGACUACACCAGUGAAUGCAUUGACGUUCUCUCUCAUGUUUGAUGAAAUGUCGAGGACGCCAUCUCAUUGGGAUAUAUCGUUUUUUGCUGGAAUUUAGAACUUUGAUAACUUUGAUAUCAUACCCUUAUAAUUUUCUAAUGUAUGUCGAUGUAGCUUAUUUUUCCACUGUUUAGCAAGGUGACCCCCCUAUAGUUAUUUUUAACAAUUUUUUUCAAUGUCCAGAUUCAAAUGCAAUGUGAACUACAUCUAGUAAUCUACAGUCAUGCUCUUUAUGAGAGUUUGCUAUUAUUAUCUGAUCUCUGGCUGGUUCGUCCUAGAAUGGAUGGAGCAUUUUGUUUUUGUUUGCUGCUUGUCAGCUGCAUGUGUUGGUAGCACACUUCUCAAUGGCUGUGUUUACAGUGUAGAUGUGGUCGGACUACUGCUGGUAGUCCACGCCUAGAUCAGGCAACGGGUCCCAUUUUUGUUUACUUUCUUUGAACACUUUUUAGAGACUGAUAUCACUAUUUUGGUUUCAAAUUGGCGCUCUGUGAAUCCCACGUUGGGCCUUGUCCACAGUCCCUUUGAUUGCCAAGCAAGGAGCAAGAACAACACUCCUUAAAGUGGAAUCCGCAUCAAACUCGCCAGGUGUGAGCAAAUCUGUUAUACAUGGGAGUGAGAUGUGAUCACAACACACUAACACUCUGGUGCCGUUUCAGAUUCCAAUGUGUAGUUUUCAUGUUUUGGUUUUGUUUUCACUUAUUGUGUAAACGGUGUGUAUGCUUCGCAGCGAAGUGCUUUUAAUGACUCUGAUUGUUCAGAGGGUUUGUGUCUAAUAAAUGUGGUGUUUUUUGCA